AUGGCCAGCAAAGAUCUAUUGCACGAUGAUUUAUUGCCCCCUUCCCUUUCUGCGCAACUCGAUGUGCUUUUGAUUGACAAUUUUGACUCCUUCACUUGGAAUCUAUAUCAGCAACUUUCUCUUCAAGGUGCAGAUGUCACCGUCAUUCGGAAUGAUGCUAUCCAUCCAUCCAUGCUUCCGAAAUUGAGGAUAAAUUUCCUGAUCAUUUCACCUGGACCUGGCCACCCUCAGACGGAUUCCGGAAUCUCAAAGGCUGCGAUCGAGUACUUCCAAGGCAAAGUACCCAUUCUCGGCGUGUGUAUGGGACUAGAGUGCUUGGUUGAUCUCUAUAGAGGACAAAUAGCUUACGCAGGCGAAAUCAUGCACGGAAAAGUCAGCCGAAUAAGACACGAUAACCGAGGUUGCUUCAGAGGUAUCCCUCAAGGAAUAAAAUCAAUCCGAUACCACUCACUCAGUGCUGCCCAUGCGUCACUCCCACCCGAACUUGCAAUCACUUCUGCCACGGAAGAGUCCGGUGUUAUUAUGGGCGUUAGGCACCGAAAAUAUACGCUAGAAGCGGUUCAAUAUCAUCCGGAGAGUAUCCUCAGCGAAGGCGGUGAUGAUCUCAUCCGCAAUUUUCUAGCCCUUCGUGGUGGGUUGUGGGAAGAAAAUCCAGAAGCUCGGGUCCUCGAUAGCUCCCUUCCACCAUUUCCUUUUGAGGCGCUCCCGCAAGAGGUACUUUCUAAACCAGGCGCGACUAAAAGUAUACCCUCGAUCCUCGAAAAAAUCUACGCCCAGCGAUUGGCAGACGUCUCUCAAGCAGAAUCUACACCAGGGACAACGUUAACAGAUCUAAAGACUCUUUUGUCCCUCAACAUUGCCCCUCCCUUGAUUCCGUUCGUCUCUCAUAUUAAAGACACACCUGACCGUCCUGCCUUGUUCGCUGAAAUCAAGCGUGCAUCGCCAUCCAAGGGCCCGAUCUCGAUUACCACAUCUCCUGCUGCACAAGCUCUUACCUACGCCCUUUCAGGGGCACAAACCAUCUCAGUCCUCACAGAACCUAAAUGGUUCCUUGGUUCACUUCAGGACAUGCUUCACGUCCGCUUGAGCGUGGCCCAUCUCCCAAACCGCCCUGCAAUUCUACGCAAGGAUUUCAUCCUGAGUCGUUAUCAGAUCGUGGAGUCCCGCUUAUGGGGCGCAGACACUAUCUUGUUGAUUGUGAGCAUGCUUUCGGAGGCGUUACUACGUGAUCUCUACAAGUACAGCCUGGAGUUAGGCAUGGAGCCUUUGGUUGAAGUUAACAACGCCAAGGAGAUGGAGCUCGCGUUAUCCUUACCGGCUAAGGUAAUCGGCGUCAACAAUCGGAAUUUACAUGAUUUCCAGGUAGACAUGGGAACGACGAGCAGGUUAAGCGAUAUGGUGAAGGGCAAAGACGUUGUUUUGUGUGCUUUGAGCGGGAUAGCAACUUCAGAAGACGUGAAACGUUACCAAUCAGACGGAGUUGGGGCCAUCCUCGUCGGAGAGAGCUUGAUGCGAGCAAAGGACACUGAGGCUUUCAUUCACAAGUUACUUUCGAUCCCAGAACCCACGUCUCUCUCACCGAAAUGGCGCUCCCGGUCGCCUCUUGUAAAAAUUUGUGGCAUACGAUCAAAGGAGGAGGCCUUGGCGGUAGCGGCUGCCGGGGCGGACAUUCUUGGUCUAAUGUUCGUUGAGAAGUCAAAAAGACAUAUCGAUUUAGAAACGGCCAAAGAGAUUUCACGAGCCAUUCGCGAACUGGGAUUCACACAGCCGUCCCCACCCUCCCAGACUGACGAACAAUAUGAAGUUCCUAAUGCCCCCUGGUUUACCACACAUGCUACACGUCUCUCAAACACUAUAUCGCGCCCUCUCUUGGUGGGUGUUUUCCAAAACGCGACACUUUCCACAAUUUUGCGUGCAGUCUCGCUAGCACAGCUUGACAUGGUUCAACUUCAUGGUGCUGAGCCAAUAGACUGGGUGCAUCAUAUCCCCGUACCGGUUAUCCGCGUCUUCCACAUUGGAGAGAACGGCACUGGGGCGGAAGGAAUCACCCGCGGGGGUAAGCAUAAAUUUAUCUUACUUGACAGCUUGAGAGAGGAUGGUAUGAGCGGAGGGACCGGAAAAAUUAUGGAUCUGGAAUCUGCGAAAACAAUCGUGGAUAGUGGUGAAAUUUUGACCAGUGGUCGAGACCUCCCCGAGAAGGAGACGACUCCAGCAGUCGUUUCUGCCAGCGAAGCCGUAUCUGAGCCUCAAAAUAAAGCUAUAACCUCUCCCGCUAAAUAUCCCCUUCCAAUCAUCCUCGCCGGUGGCUUAACACCAGAGAACGUCGCGUCAGUCAUCGCUCAGGUGAAUCCCUGGGCGGUAGAUGUCAGCGGCGGUGUGGAGAACAACGAGGGAACCGGGAAGGAUCUGGCCAAAGUGCAGGACUUCAUAGUCAAUGCGAAGGGGUUGGUUUCUUCCGAGCAGGAAUUGGAAGAAGAUGCCGACGAGUUACAUUAG